AUGCCCCCCAAACCACCCCCAACAGACCUCCCAACCUACUCCUUCCCCACCCCCAAAGCCCUAGAAACCUUCCUCGAAAAAUCCCACACCACAACCCCAGGCUUCUACCUCAAACUCGCCAAAAAGGCCUCCGGCAUCCAAUCCAUCACCGCCCCCGAAGCAGUCGAAACAGCCCUCUGCUUCGGCUGGAUCGACGGCCGCGCAAACACCCUCGACGAAAACUGGUGGCUAGUCCGAUACACGCCGCGCCGCGCGAAAAGUAUCUGGUCCCAGAAGAACGUGGCGACGGUUGCGCGGCUGGUGAGCGCUGGGCGAAUGCGGCCGGCUGGGUUGGCGGCUGUGGAUGCUGCGAAGGCUGAUGGACGGUGGGAGCGGGCUUAUGCGGGGCCGGCUAGUAUGAGUGUCCCGGAGGACUUUAGGGUGGCUUUGGAGAAGGUUGAUGGGGCGGGGGUGGUUUUUGAGGGGUUGAAGAGGAGUGAGCGGUAUGCGGUUUUGUGGAGGGUUGAGACUGCUUCGCCGAGUGCGAGGAAGCAGAGGAUUGAGGCGCUGGUGAAGAUGUUGGCGGAGGGGAGGGUACCGGGGGAUUCGACAAUUUCUUCGGGGAAGCGUAAGACUAAAGUGGAUGAGGGUGAUGGUGAGGUUAGUACGAGGAGGAAGAGUGCCAGGGUAGCAGCGAAGACUAAGUAA